GCGGCCCUAGAGUUAAUUCCAUCAACCGAGAUGAACUUCUAGUCUUGCUUUGAAAAAGCCAUUUUGUAUAUCUCUUGCCUGUGAAUAAUUUCCUAAUACACCUGUUGGGAGGAUCACUGACUGAGUAUGCCAUUUGAGAGAUACUUUUUCUUGACCAAAUACUGGUGAUUAGAGAAGAGAGUGGUUUUAUAUUUUUCUUUUUUUGGUCAUUAUGAACAUUGGCUUUUCACUUCUGAAGUAAAAAUGUUGAAAACUGAGUCUUCAGGUGAACGAACCACUCUCAGAAGUGCCUCUCCUCACAGGAAUGCGUAUAGAACUGAGUUCCAGGCACUGAAAAGCACCUUUGACAAACCCAAGUCAGAUGGGGAACAAAAAACAAAAGAAGGUGAGGGCUCUCAGCAGAGCAGGGGGAGGAAAUAUGGCUCCAAUGUCAAUAGAAUUAAAAACCUAUUUAUGCAGAUGGGUAUGGAACCCAGUGAGAAUGCUGCAGUCAUUGCCAAAACCAGGGGGAAAGGUAGACCUUCAUCUCCUCAGAGAAGAAUGAAGCCCAAAGAAUUUCUGGAGAAAACAGAUGGCUCAGUUGUUAAGUUGGAGUCCUCUGUUUCAGAACGAAUUAGUAGAUUUGACACAUUGUACGAUGGCCCUUCAUAUUCUAAGUUCACAGAAACUCGGAAGAUGUUUGAGAGAAGUGUGCAUGAGUCAGGACAAAACAACCGCUAUUCCCCAAAGAAAGAGGAAAAAGCUGGAGGUAGUGAACCUCAGGAUGAAUGGGGUGGGUCCAAGUCCAACAGAGGCAGUACUGAUUCCUUGGAUAGUCUUAGCUCUCGGACAGAGGCUGUCUCCCCAACUGUGAGUCAACUGAGUGCAGUAUUUGAGAACUCCGAUUCUCCCAGUGCCAUCAUUUCAGAGAAGGCUGAAAACAAUGAGGAAUACUCAGUGACUGGGCAUUAUCCACUGAAUUUACCAUCUACUGUUACAAAUCUUGACACUUUUGGACACCUUAAGGAUUCUAAUUCUUGGUCGCCUUCAAACAAACAAGGUGCCUACGCAGUGGAUGCUCCGAAGAGCAAUACAACUUCAGCACCAGAAGUAGCCUCUAAAGGUACUCUAGUUUCAAUGCCUAGUGAAGGGAUACAGCAGAGCAAGGAAACCGAGGACUCAAUAUCUAACCAGGAGGCUCCUGACAGAAUUGACAAAGACAUUCCUGAAGAGCCUGGUGCUGAAAAUAAGGCAAUGCCAGAGUCUGAAAUCCUUUCACCACAAAAUGAACCUUUAGAAGAUGCUGAAGCUAAUUUGGUUGGGAGUGAGGCAGCAAAGCAACAGAGAAAAGAACUUGGAGGUAGUGAUUUCACCUCUGGUGAUGCGUCUGGAUCCAGAUAUGGAAAAGAAGUACCUGAAGAUUUGAAUAAUUUUGAGAAUUCCCAUGUUUACAUGCACAGUGACUAUAAUGUGUAUAGAGUAAGAUCCAGGUAUAAUUCAGAUUGGGGAGAGACAGGCACUGAGCAAGAUGAACAGGAAGAUAGUGAUGAAAACAAUUACUAUCAACCUGAUAUGGAAUACUCAGAAAUUGUUGGAUUGCCAGAAGAAGAAGACAUCCCAGUAAAUAGGAAAAUUAAGUUUAGUAGUGCUCCAAUUAAGGUUUUCAACACAUACUCCAAUGAAGACUAUGACAGGAGAAAUGAUGAAGUUGACCCUGUAGCUGCUUCAGCUGAGUAUGAACUUGAAAAGCGUGUAGAAAAGCUGGAACUUCUCCCGGUGGAACUAGAGAAAGAUGAGGACGGACUUGGUAUAAGUAUUAUUGGAAUGGGUGUUGGGGCAGAUGCUGGACUUGAAAAACUGGGAAUAUUUGUCAAGACAGUAACAGAAGGUGGUGCCGCUCAGCGGGAUGGCAGAAUACAAGUCAAUGACCAGAUUGUGGAAGUGGAUGGAAUCAGCUUGGUGGGUGUCACACAGAAUUUUGCUGCAACAGUUCUCAGAAACACAAAGGGCAAUGUCAGAUUUGUUAUUGGGCGGGAAAAACCAGGACAAGUGAGUGAGGUUGCCCAAUUGAUAAGCCAGACCCUGGAACAAGAAAGGCGCCAAAGAGAGCUGCUUGAGCAGCACUAUGCCCAGUAUGAUGCUGAUGAUGAUGAGAACACUGUGACUGAAUUGCAAGGAGUCUCUGGCAACUGCAAUAACAAUAACAACUAUUUCCUUAAGACAGGGGAAUAUGCCACAGAUGAAGAGGAGGAUGAGGUAGGGCCUGUCCUUCCUGGCAGUGACAUGGCCAUUGAAGUAUUUGAGCUGCCUGAGAAUGAGGACAUGUUUUCCCCUUCAGACCUGGACACAACCAAGCUCAGUCACAAGUUCAAAGAGUUGCAAAUCAAACAUGCAGUUACAGAAGCUGAGAUUCAAAAGUUGAAGACAAAGCUUCAAGCAGCAGAAAAUGAGAAAGUACAAUGGGAACUAGAAAAAAACCAACUCCAGCAGAACAUAGAAGAGAAUAAAGAAAGAAUGUUGAAGUUGGAGAGCUACUGGAUCGAGGCUCAAACGUUAUGCCACACAGUAAACGAACACCUCAAAGAGACCCAAAGCCAGUAUCAGGCGUUAGAAAAGAAAUACAACAAGGCAAAGAAAUUGAUCAAGGAUUUUCAACAAAAAGAACUUGAUUUCAUCAAAAGACAGGAAGCUGAAAGAAAGAAAAUAGAAGAUUUAGAGAAAGCUCAUCUCGUGGAAGUUCAAGGCCUACAAGUGCGGAUUAGAGAUUUGGAAGCUGAGGUGUUCAGGCUACUGAAGCAAAAUGGGACUCAAGUUAACAAUAACAACAACAUCUUUGAGAGAAGGACAUCUCUUGGUGACGUGUCUAAGGGAGAUACCAUGGAGAACUUGGAUGUCAAACAAACAUCUUAUCAAGAUGGCUUAAGUCAAGACUUGAAUGAAGCCGUCCCAGAGACAGAGCGCCUGGAUUCAAAGGCACUGAAAACUCGGGCCCAGCUCUCUGUGAAGAACAAACGUCAGAGGCCCUCCAGGACAAGACUCUAUGACAGUGUCAGUUCCACAGAUGGGGAGGACAGUCUAGAGAGAAAGCCUUCAAACAGUUUCUAUAACCACAUGCAUAUUACCAAAUCACUUCUGCCCAAGGGUUUGAGAUCUUCUUCUCCAGAAUCAGAUUCGGGUGCUCUGCCCCUCACCCCAAUGGCUAGCAGAGCAUCCUCCUCGUCUGACCACACACCUGAAUUUCAAGAAAGACAACUGCACCCAGAAAGGGGACCUUUCUCCUCUACUUGGGGAGAUAGUUCACUCUCCUCUCCUUCAAAAUCUGAUCACAAUAUGGAGGAAUCUUCUUGCCACCAUCAAGCCACCGCCAAGAAAAUAUUACAAGAAAAAGAUGAUACCAAAGGCCCCAGAUCGCUAAAGGCAUCCAGUUCGUUGGUGAUGCAAGGAGGAAAAAUUAAGCAGAAGUUUGUGGAUCUGGGGGCACCUUUGCGAAGGAAUUCCAACAAGGGGAAGAAAUGGAAAGAAAAGGAAAAAGAAGCCAGGAGGUUUUCUCCAGGUAGCAGGGUCUUCAGAGGCAGACUGGAAAACUGGAAACCCAAGCCGCCCUUCACAGCUCAGGCUUCUGUUCGCUCUCCUUGCAUGCCUUUCUCAUGGUUUCAUGAAAGCAGAAAAGGAUCUUAUUCCUUCAGGAACCUGCCUUCACCUACAAGCCCCCUUCAGCCUUCUCCUGAGAUUGUAAUUUCAGACAAAAAGGGGUCAAAGGUAGAAAACACAUGGAUUAAAAAAGCAAACAAGAGAAACCCAAACCCCUCCUCCUCCUCAGUCUUUGGAAGGCACUCUCAACUUGUGUGUAUACUCUGGAUCCGAGAAACCAAUAAUUUUACCUUCAAUGAUGACUUCAGUCCCAGCAGUACCAGUUCAGCAGACCUGAGUGGCUUAGGAGCAGAACCUAAAGCACCAGGGCCCUCUCAGUCCUUAGCACUAUCAUCAGAUGAGAUCCUUGAUGAUGGACAGUCUCCCAAACACAGUCAGUGUCAGAAUCGGGCCGUUCAUGAAUGGAGUGUGCAGCAGGUUUCUCACUGGUUAAUGAGCCUAAAUCUGGAGCAGUAUGUAUCUGAAUUCAGUGCCCAAAACAUCACUGGAGAGCAACUCCUGCAGUUGGAUGGAAGUAAACUUAAGGCUCUUGGAAUGACAUCAUCCCAGGACCGAGCCGUCGUCAAAAAAAAACUCAAGGAAAUGAAGGUGUCUCUAGAGAAGGCCCGGAAGGCUCAAGAGAAAAUGGAAAAACAAAGAGAAAAGCUGAGGCGGAAGGAACAAGAUCAAAUGCAAAGGAAGUCCAAAAAGGCAGAGAAGACAACAGCAGAUGGAACAGAAGGUGCUAGUGAGCAGUAAUACACUCCCAGUGCAGAGGGUAGGGGUGCUUCAAGAGAGUCCCCACCUCUUCCUUCUCUGUUCCUCUUCAGAGGACAAAAAGGAAACUGACGAUAGGUGUAAUACUACUCUAAGCUGAGUGAGGAACCGUUGUGUUGAAUAGCUGCAUUUUCUGCAGUAAUAGAACACAGUCUGAAUUUUAGCCUACUGAAAUAAUCCCCACCCACCUUUGGUUAAUUAAAAAACCAGGGAUCUCAUUUGUGAGAGAUACAAAGUGACUGUGUUUCUCCCUUCUCUUACGUAACCAACAUCUUUGGUUGUGUUGAGUGUGUUGUGUCACUUGGAGAACCAGUGCAGCCCCGCCCAACAAGAGCAUGAUACAUCCCGGUGUUGUCAGUGGAACACUCUGAGUUCUCCCUGUGGGGUUCUGAAACUGGGCACUUGCACAUAUCUGCAUGGCAGAGAGCAUCGCUCUACUGUGGGACCUGGGAUCAGUGCUUUCUUCUAGGGCUAUGGAAGCUACUCCAGUGUAUGGCAAAGGUUCCCCAUCAUCUCAGUGUCUGGACAGUGAGACAGCCCUACUCUGGAAACGUGGGUGCUUUGUCACAUGAUUACCUGCAGUGGGAAAAGGCAAGUGGACUCUUCUGCUUGCCAGGUGGGCAUCAGAAAGAGAGAAAAUAGUUGCAGUUAUUUGUCAAGCCCAGAAGGAAACAAAGCCUUAAAAAUGUGGAUACAGGUAUUAUCUUGGGGUUCUGAAGGUAAACUAUUUAUCCUGCAGAUAUAGCGGAACAAAGAAGAAAUUAGACACUAAUGCAGCCAGGGGUAUUGGGAUCUGUUGUUUAUUUUGCUACUGCUUCAUGUUGAGUAUUUUAGUAAUACUGACACACACAAUACAGUUCGUUUCUGUCCACCAACAAAUUUUGAACUGGAAAUUGAUUUUUAAGGAAACCUACAUUUUCAGGCUCCUCUCCUGGGGAACAUUCUGGCCGGUCUUCAGGCU